AUGGCACCAGAAUGCCUUCUCCAUAAAGAAAAAGCGAAGACUGCCUCUGAUUUAUGGUCUGUAGAUAUGACUCUUAUUGAAUUUAUGACAGAACAAGAUGCUUGGAAUAUUGAUGAUGAUGAGGUUGAAGAUCCUUUAACCAUAAUACUACAGAUGAUGAUCAAUGAGGUUAUACAUUUUUUCUUAUGCUUUACAGAUUUCAUCCACAAAGAUGUCGUGAGGAGGAACUCCGGGAAACGUCAUUUUGUAUUUGCAACGCAACAGCAAUUAGAUUUUUUGGCAAGGGGUAAAAGAUGGUACAUCGAUGGAACUUUUAAACUGGUGAAGGCGCCGUUCACCCAGCUAGUCAGUAUUCAUUGUUUUAUGAAAAAAGACGAAGUAACUAAACAGAUUCCUCUAUGCUUUGCACUCAUGUCGGGCAAAAGCAAAUCAGACUAUAAGGCUGUCAUGAGAGCAGUCAAAGAAUUAUUGCCGGCGGACAUCUUAUUAAAAGAAAUUAUGGCCGACUAUGAAGAGGCAAUAUGGAGGGCAGCCAGGGAUGUGUUUGAUGGAGUCGAAAUAAAAGGUUGUUCUUUCCACUGGAGACAGGCUGUAUACCGCAAAGUUCAAGCAGUUGGGCUCCACCAGAGUUACAUGAAAAAGGAUGCUACUUACAAAUUAUUAAGACAGGUGCUUGCACUGCCAUACCUACCAGAAGAAUUAAUCCUCGAUAUGUUUGAGAAGCUCAGGGAGAAAGCCACCACGGACAAACUUAAAGAGGUAUUCAAUUACGUUGAUCGACAAUGGAUUCGUUCAUCUGUGAUGCCUCCCUCCACAUGGAAUUGUUACCUGCAAACUGUAAGAACUAACAAUGAUUUGGAGGGCUGGCACUCGCGUUUGAACAAACGAGGAAAGAAAGCCAAUUUGCCAUUCUAUCUGCUUGUGUCACUUCUACACAAAGAGGCCACGUACAUCACAAUUCAAGCGAAAUUGGUAUCAGAGAAGAAACUACAAAGACAUCAGAAAAAAAAUAUUUGGAGGUAGAAGGAAAAAUAUUCAAAGCGUGGGGAGAAUUUAAAGACAACGAAAUUUCAGCCGAUAAACUUCUCCGAACAGCGGCUUCAUUAUACGGCAAUGCACCAGUAACCAACUGACUUGGAACGAUAAGUACAUAUUUGGGAUGAAUCGACUUUGAAACGAAUCGAUAAUAUAUGUCGAUAUAUGUAUGUAUAUAUAUAUAUAUUAUACUUUUGUAACAUCCAAUA